AUGCCUAAAGGCGUGAAGUGGCCCAGGUACACAACUCCGGCGAGUUCAACGAACCGAAGCAACAACCAGGUGAAGACCAUAUGCCUUCUGAAACAGACAGCGCAGCAGGCCUUCCAGUGGAACCACGCUCGACAAACAGGAAUAAUUGUCAUUCCAGAGCCGUAUCCUUCCGCGAACACAAAGGCAGCCAGGAUGAGCGCAUCUCCUGAAUAA